AUGGGCACACACAGCCACCUCACUUGCCUCUUUCUCCUCCUCACCUUCCAAGCCCCAGGGACUUUUGUUAGAGCUGCAGCCCUGCUUGGCCUGCCACGCAUUGUCACCGUGAGUGAGGAUGUGGUGCCAGGCACCCUCGUGGCCAAGGUGAGCCUGGCCUGCAGCAAUGCUAGCAGCAACCCCAGGGUCACGCUGGCCCGCGUCGAGCCCGGCAGUCCCUUCGAUCCCAAUGUCACCCUGCGCAGCGUUGAGCCUGGUGAUCCCUUCAACCCCAUUGCCAUCAGCACCAACCACACACCCGCCUCCACAUUUCAGGCUGAGAUCACACUGCGUGCUGGUGCAGCACUGGACGCCCAUCGGGUGAACCACUACAUGCUGACACUGCGGGCUGCCUGCCACGGGGAGGCUGAGGCUGAAGGGCAACUCUUCAUCAGGGUGAUGGUGGCACAGGUGCUCCACUGUGCUGCCAGGUUUGCCAGCGCAGGUAAUGACGUGGUGCAGGUCCCAGCAGAUGUGGCGCCCCAGACACCAUUAUACACUGUGGUGCUGCCCCAGCCGGCCAGUGAGCUGACAUUCUACCUUAAAAACAAUGACACACCGCUUGUCCUCACUGAAUGGGGAACCGUGCUGGCACCUGCCAAUGGCUUUGACCUCGGACACAACACCCAGGUGUUCAGGCUGGAGAUUUUAGUGAUGGACCGGGAUGGGCACAACUGCAGCGGGGCGGUGACAGUGGAGGUGCUGCCAUCGCACCCUCCUCAGGUCAACUUCACCGAGCCAUGGCAGGCUGUGACAGUGCUGGAGGGCACUGGCCCCUUGGAGGUGGUUACACAGGUCCAUGCCAGUGGUGAUAAGGUCCGCUAUGUCAUCCUUGCUCCAUCGGCACCGGCGCUCUUCACUGUUGAUGCAGUGACUGGUGAGAUCCGCAGUGCCUGCCAGCUAGACCUGGAGCGCUUCCCGCAGGCGGCCCACACCCAGCUGCUCGUCCAAGCUUAUGACAUGCUGCACCCCACAGACCGUGCCACUAUGACACUCAACAUCACUGUGCAGAGGACGAACCAGCGGGGGCCACGCUGCACCCCAGACCUCUAUGUGUCCCAGGUGCCUGAGACGGUGCCACCUGGCAGGACCCUGGUGACGUUGAGGUGCACUGACCCCACUAGCACUAGCGGUUCUCUGCACUAUGCCGUCGAGAGUGCCCCAGCCUCACGCUCCCUCUUCCGCAUGGAGGGGCCACAGCUGCAGGUCAACACCACCCUGGACUAUGACUCCGAGGCUGCAGCCGCCGUGGGCUUCCAGUUCGCAGCUACCAUUGUAGUGACGACGGGAAGUCAGCCUCCACGGAGCACCCAUGUGCCUGUGCUUGUGACGGUGACGCCUGUGAAUGAAUACACACCAGCAUGCCCCAAUGCAACAGCCUUCACAGUGCCGGAGACUGCAGCUUUCGGCACUGCUGUGGGGCGCAUUGCUGGCACCGACCGCGACUACCCACCAGACAGCAUCAAGUACAGUCUCGAAGGGGGCCUGGGCUCUGCCCAACCCUUCUCCAUCGAUGCACAUACUGGCAAGAUCUAUGUGGUGGGGCCCCUGGACUAUGAGCGGCAGAAGAGCUACAGGUUGACAGUGAGGCUAACGGACACCCACAACGAUCUGGACCCGGCAAACCAGCGGAGCUGCCUGUGUGAUGUGGCCGUGCACCUGCAGGCCAUGCUCAACAAGGCGCCGGAGUGCACCCCUGAGGUGCAGGAACUGCGGAUCACAUCCAAGCCAGCCACCCGCCAGCCUAUCACCCGCCUAGCAUGCCAGGGCAGCCGUGGUGGUGCCACACUGUCCUAUGCCAUCAUCAGAGGUGAGGAGCGGCUGAUCUGCUGCAUAGCCCAGCCUCUCACUGUGGCCUGGGCCCUCAGCAGACCCUCUUGUCCAGGCAAUGAGGACAGGCAUUUUCGGCUGGAGGGGAACACCCUUUUCCAUGUCCCCAAUGGCCUUGCCGAGCCCCGAACCUUUGUGCUGCUGGUGGAGGUGUGGGGCAGCCCUAGUGUCCCCCGCCGCAGCACCACAGUGAUGCUGAUGGUGCAUGUCAUCCCCCGGACCACCAUGGUGCCGCCCAGGACCACUGCCCAACACACGACACUGUGGAAGGAGCCACUGGUCAUCACACGGACAGAGGCGACCUGGAACCCGCCAGCCUGGUUUGUGGCAGCAUUGACUGUCUCUGGUGCCCUGCUCCUGGCUGCCCUGGGUUGCAUGGCCCGGACUCUGCUGCAGAGUACCCGACACCACAGCAAGCUGCUCCUGGGUGAUAGAGCCAAACUGGGGAGAUACAAGCUGGAUAAGUGGACAAUCAGCUCCUGGCACUCGGCAGAGUGGAGGGCUGGAGCCCUGCAGAGGGGGAAAGAGGAGCAGGGCCACCCUGACACUGGCAGCCUGGUGCAGUUUGAUGGCCGUGCCCGGGACCCACGCACGGGCAGGGACUAUCUCUUCAACAGCGUCACGGGGAUGCGUCGCUGGAUCUGA